AUGGCAGUGAAUGCUCGCGUUAAAACGAAGAGCGAGUUUCAACUAGGGUCGGACCUCGGACCCCCGCUCGUGUAUCUGGAUCUGAGUGUUGGCGAUCAGCCCCCGCGGCGUCUGCACAUCGAGCUCUUCCACGAGGAACUUCCGACCACGACCGACAACUUCCGUCUGCUCUGCACCGGCGAGCUGCGAGGCAAAGGGAAGGUGAAGACGCUGUGGUACAAGAACACACGCUUCCACCGCGUUAUCCCCGGAUUUAUGAUGCAGGGCGGAGACAUCACCCACGUAGGAAAUGGAGCGGGAGGUGUGGCUGCUUUAGGGACGGUGUUCGACGACGAGAGCUUCCUCUACAAGCACCAAGUGGGAGCAGUGGCCACGGCUCAUCAAAACUCGAGCAAUCGCUCGCAGUUCUUCAUCUGCUUCAGCAAGCUCAGUUGGCUGGAUGGCAAGCACGUGGUGUUCGGGCAAGUGUUGCACGACGACCUGCCGCACUUGGCCGUGUUUGAAGCCGCGGGCUCUGCGUCAGGCCGCCCUCUCACCCCCAUCGUGGUCACAGACGCCGCCCAGUUGGGAGGCAAAGGGUUCACGCUGAAGACGGAUAAUAGCGAGAAGAAGACACGCGCGACAGAAUAGACGCCAAAGUUGGGGCAUACGACAGAAUAAACGCGCCAGGGCGACAAUAAAUAAGGCAAUAUGGGCUCAUCCAAAUUUCGAC